GGCCGAUGAACUGGACUGAAUAAUUGUUAACUUUGGAUAGCAGCCUUCAAUCUUCAUUUCAUUCAUUUCUUCGUCCUCCUGUCUCACAGCUCUGAACAUGAGAGAACACAGAAUGCAGAAGUAGCGGCUGAGCUUUGUGCGGGUGCUGGCUGCUGUUGGCUGUCCUGCUUGUGUGAUGGCAGCAAUCUAAGGUCAACUUGUGGAUUUUAACAACACACACAAACACGCACUCUCUCUGGACAGUGGACGCUUGAGGAGGAGAGGCCCACAGGAACAAUGGCGAAGUACCACUGGCAGAGUCAAAAUGUGAAGCAAAGCGGCGUGGACGACAUGGUUCUUCUGUCGAAGAUCAGCGAGGAUGCCAUCGUGGAAAACCUGAAGAAGAGAUACAUGGACGACUACAUCUUUACUUACAUUGGCCCUGUAUUGAUAUCUGUUAACCCUUUCAAACAGAUGCCCUAUUUCACUGACAGAGAGAUUGAACUCUAUCAAGGAGCUGCCCAGUAUGAGAAUCCACCACACAUCUACGCCUUGACUGACAACAUGUACAGAAACAUGAUGAUCGAUGGGGAGAAUCAGUGUGUCAUCAUAAGCGGUGAGAGCGGUGCUGGAAAGACAGUGGCCGCCAAAUACAUCAUGGGCUACAUUUCCAAAGUAUCUGGAGGAGGAUCAAAAGUGCAGCAUGUGAAAGAAAUCAUCCUACAGUCAAAUCCUCUGUUGGAAGCCUUUGGUAACGCCAAGACCGUUCGCAACAACAACUCCAGUCGUUUUGGGAAAUACUUUGAGAUCCAGUUCAGCAGAGGAGGAGAGCCAGAUGGUGGCAAAAUAUCAAACUUUCUACUUGAGAAGUCAAGGGUGGUGAGCCAGAAUGAGAACGAGAGGAACUUCCACAUUUACUAUCAGUUGAUAGAGGGUGCUAACGCUGAGCAGAAAGAGGGCCUGGGAAUCAUGACCCCUGAUUAUUACUACUACCUCAACCAGUCUGGGACAUACAAGGUGGAUGGGACCAAUGACAGCAAAGACUUCCAUGAAACAAUGGAAGCCAUGCAGGUGAUCGGGAUCCCAGGUGAAAUCCAGACUCAGGUGCUGCAGAUUGUUGCAGGUAUCCUCCACUUGGGAAACAUUAGUUUCAUAGAAGCAGGCAACUAUGGGCAGGUGGAAAGCACAGACUUGCUCGCAUUCCCCGCCUAUCUGCUGGGCAUCAACCCCAACCGUCUCCAGGACAAGCUGACCAGCCGGAAGAUGGAUUCAAAGUGGGGAGGGAAGUCUGAGUCCAUUAACGUGACCCUGAACCAGGAGCAGGCCAACUACACACGAGACGCCCUGGCCAAAGCCCUCUACGCACGCCUCUUUGACUACCUGGUGGAGUCCAUAAAUAAAGCCAUCCAAAAACCACAUGAGGAAUUCAGCAUUGGAGUACUUGACAUUUAUGGCUUUGAGAUAUUCCAGAGAAAUGGCUUUGAGCAGUUUUGUAUCAACUUUGUCAAUGAGAAACUGCAACAGAUCUUUAUUGAACUCACCCUGAAGGCUGAGCAGGAAGAGUAUGUUCAGGAGGGUAUCAAGUGGACCCCAAUCGAGUACUUCAACAACAAGAUUGUGUGCGACCUUAUUGAAAAUAAAUUGAGCCCUCCUGGUAUAAUGAGCGUGCUGGAUGAUGUGUGUGCCACCAUGCAUGCCAAAGGAGAGGGUGCAGAUGGCACUCUGCUGCAGAAACUGCAGGCUGCUGUGGGGACACAUGAACAUUUCAACAGCUGGAACUCUGGCUUUGUUAUACAUCACUAUGCCGGAAAGGUCUCAUAUGAUAUCAACGGCUUCUGUGAGAGAAAUAGGGAUGUGUUGUUCCCUGACCUGAUUGAGCUCAUGCAGAGCAGUGAAUUUAACUUCAUCCGUAGCUUGUUCCCUGAAAACCUCAACACAGAUAAAAAAGGAAGGCCGACCACAGCGAGUUCAAAAAUCAAGAAACAAGCCAACGAUCUGGUGAACACGCUGAUGAAGUGCACGCCGCAUUAUAUCCGCUGUAUCAAACCCAAUGAGACAAAGCGGCCGAAAGACUGGGAGGAGAGCAGAGUCAAGCAUCAAGUUGAAUACCUUGGAUUGCGGGAAAACAUCCGCGUACGCAGGGCUGGAUUUGCGUAUCGCAGAGUCUUCAAUAAGUUUCUGAUGAGGUAUGCCAUUCUAACAGCCGAAACAUGGCCGUGCUGGAGAGGUCCGGAGCAGCAGGGGGUCCUUCACCUCCUUCGCUCUGUCAACAUGGAUAACGAUCAGUACCAGAUGGGACGCACUAAAGUCUUUGUGAAGAACCCAGAAUCGCUAUUUCUGCUUGAGGAAAUGAGGGAGAGGAAGUUUGACACGUUUGCCAGAAUCAUUCAAAAAUCCUGGAGAAGAUACAUCGCCAGGAAGAAGUAUGAACAGAUGAGAGAAGAGGCCUCAGACAUCCUGUAUAACUCCAAAGAGCGGCGGAAAAACAGCAUCAAUAGGAACUUUGUUGGAGACUACCUCGGGCUGGAGCAGAGGCCUGAGCUCCGCCAGUUCCUGGCCAAGAGGGAGCGUGUCGACUUCGCUGAUUCAGUUAACAAGUUUGACCGCAGGUUCAAGUCUAUCAAGAGAGAUUUGAUCCUGACCCCGAAAGGUAUUUAUCUGAUUGGCCGAGAGAAGGUGAAGAAAGGACCUGAGAAAGGACAGAUAAAGGAAGUACUGAAACGGAAGUUGGAGUUUGGAAGCAUCGGCGGGGUCUCUCUCAGUACGAGACAGGAUGAUUUCUUCAUCCUGCACGAGGCCCAGUACGACAGUCUGCUGGAGUCCAACUUUAAGACAGAGUUCCUCAGUUUGCUCUCUAAACGCUACGAGGAGGUGACCAAGAGAAAACUGACAAUCUCCUUCGCUGACAGACUGGAGUUCAGAGUGAAGAAGGAGGGCUGGGGUGGAGGAGGCACAAGAGUGGUGGUGUUCCAGAAGGGCCCAGGAGAUCUGGCCCAGCUCAAACCUGGAGGGAAGACCCUUUCUAUCACAAUAGGAGAUGGUCUCCCCAAAUCCUCUAAGCCAACCAGGAAGUCUGCUCCUCAGUCUUAUGGUGGACGAAGAAAUCACGUACCCAGCAGAGCACAUGAGAAUGGUGGAGCCAAGUUUUCCAGAGCCCAUCAGAACCCACAAGCAGACAUCACAUAUUCGUCCCCGCACAGGCAGGGCCGGCCGAACAACGCACCCCUGCCCAAAUUGGGUUCCCAGAGGGGCCCCCGACCUCCAGCCUCCAACCAGUAUAACCAGUAUAACCAGUAUAACCAGAACAACAUGGACUUCCUUAAUGUGCCUGACCAGGGAAUGUCGGGGAAGCAGAGGAAAAGGAGCAUCAGCCAGCGGCCUCCUCCUGCUCCUAAACCGCAUUCUCGACCACAGGGUCCCCGCUGCCGGGCAUUAUAUCAGUACGUCGGUCAGGACACGGAUGAGAUCAGCUUCGAUGUCAACGAAGAGUUUGAUCUCGUCAAAGAAGACCCGUCAGGCUGGUGGACGGGCAGAAUUAGAGGAAAGGAAGGUCUCUUCCCGGGUAACUAUGUGGAAAAGAUUUGAUGAGGACUUUGAUCGCUCUUUCCGGACGUGUCUGUGUAUGUUCAUAAGUAGAUGUCAUUUGUUGAAAUCAGCACAUUCUGUUUGCUACAGAAACUGCCUGUGAGUUGUUCGUGGUUGCGUAGUAAAUCAGGGAUUUUAAAGGGCCGAGCUCUCUGACAUUUGAGCCCCAGCUAAUUUGUCCGGCAGCGUGCCAUACAAACAGAACAGAUGAUGGAUUACUCCUAGGUUCAUUAUUAAAGCACGAUUUCAAAUAGCUGCUCGGGUUUCAUCUUUGUCUUUAUGUCAAACAAUCUUGUUGAGAAACAACCCAGUGAGAAGAUCUUUGACUUCACCUGCAGUGCAACAACGCCUUUCUUUGACUCAUUCCUUCACAGACUAUGACUCAAAGUUACGCUUUAAGCCGUAACUGAAGAAUAACAUGAAAGUACUGCAUUGCUUCCUGAUGUUUACAGUGUUUUAUUUGCCUGAAGCUUUUGUCCAGAUCAAUGACGAGCACUGCUCAGUAUUUUUGAUUAAAUCAACAGUGUCUAAUCAAGUUAUGACAGAUUUUUUAAAAUACUGAAACCGGAACAGGUGAACUUGACUGUUACUUUUGCUAAAAAAACAUCAGAUCAAAUCAAAGCCAUUAAGAUAAGUAGCAUUUUAAUGUUAGUUUUAUCAUUUUUUUUUAAAAUAUGCAGAUAUUUUGUACUGCUAUUUCUUGUGGCAUUUUCUUAUAUUUUUCACCUCAAUAAAAAAAAAAACAACAAAAAAAACAAAGGACUUUUGCACUAGUUAGAGUAACAUUUCUAUUUUUUACACAACAGAAAGAAAGAGAUGGCUGAAUUUCAGUGUGAACUUUUAGUAUGCUUAUUUUAGCCAUUUUUUUUUUUUUGUGAUGGAUUUUUGUCAAAUAAUGUGAUUACUUAC